AUGGCUAAUUCUAACGUAUUCUCGCGUGCACUUGCUAUCACCGGUAUUGCCACUGUCAUGUCAGUGGCUGGUUAUGCUAUUUAUUUUGAUUAUCAAAGGAGAAAUAAUACUGAAUUUAGAAAGUCCUUGAAGAAGAAAUUAAGAAAACAAAAGAAAGAAGAACAAGAUAAGAAAGAAGAAGCUAAACAAACUAAAUUACAAGAUAUUAGGGAGUUUUUAAAAGAUGAAUUAACGAGAAAUCCAAUUCCAACAGAUCCAACUCAAAUUCAAAACGUUUUCAGUAAUAAUGUUGAAUUAGGUGAACAUUUAUCUAUGACACCAGGCAAUGAAAUGGAAGCUGCUACUAAAUUUUAUAAAGCUUUAGCAGUAUAUCCAAAACCAACGGAUUUACUUGGCAUAUAUCAAAGAACUAUUCCUGAAAAUAUUUAUGAAAUUAUUGUAUUGAUGAUUGCUGUCAUGCCUCCAACUAAUAUUACUGAUUUUAUUUCUGGUGGUAUGGAUGGUGCUGAUGCAUUAGGUAUUGAUGAAGAUGAAGACGAACCACUAAUCUCUGAAAUUAUUGAGGAAGAAGAAGACGAAGAUGAGGAGGAGGCUGAAGGUGAAGGUGAAGGUAUUAUUAACACUGAAGAUAAUGCAGAUGCACCAGUUGCAGAAGAAACUAUGGAUGCUGAAAUUGAGAUAAUUAAUGAUGCUUCUCAAGAUACUGCAGAAUUAGCUGACAGAAUUAUAGAAGAAUUUGCUCAGGAGGUUGCUGCUGAUGAAGAAAAGGAAGAAGAAGCUGAUAACUGA